AACGAGUCUCGGCAGACCAUUAUUGUGUGAAAAGUGUCUAAAAAUUGCCAAUAAAGUGCUCUUGAAUUGCAGAAAACUGUGUAAAAAUGUCCUCGUGUGGUGUAUAAAUUAAUGUACAUUGCAUUUACUGUGGAGUACUCUGGAUUUUGCCGUGAAUUUUGUGAUUUUCUCUCGUGUCUGACAAGCAGCCAGGAUGCACUUGUGAAUGAACUCAUCCAUCCGAGCCAACCGUCGACUUUACAGUGACCGUGACGACGCCAUCGACGUCACGACGAGCCUACACUUCGUAACAGCUUGGACGGCAUGGCGGCCUCCACUCAGGGCGAAAUAAGAGUGGGUCCUGGCCACCAGGUAAACGAUAUCUAUGCCAAGUUACCAGAUUAUCAGCCAAUUUCGAAGUACCAAAUCGACAAGGACUCUGACCGUGACCUGGAAGAUCCCCGAUGGAGUCCGGGAGUUGUUUUGGAUGGUGAUUUGAUGAUGUACUUACGUGCAGCUCGAUCAAUGGCCGCGUUUCAAGAUAUGACGAUAGGUAUGUGCGAUGGAGGCUCACCCGAGGAUGGAUGUUUAGCUGCUAGCAGGGACGAUACAACAAUAAACGCAUUGGACGUUUUACACGAUUCAGGUUAUGAUCCUGGAAAAGCUCUUCAGACAUUAGUAAAGUGUCCCGUACCAAAGGGUAUCGAUAAAAAGUGGACUGAGGACGAAACGAAGCGUUUUAUAAAGGGACUUCGUCAAUUUGGCAAGAACUUCUUUCGCAUUCACAAGGAUCUUUUGCCGCACAAGCAGACGCCAGAACUUGUUGAAUUUUACUACUUGUGGAAGAAGACACCGGGGGCGAAUAAUAAUCGCCCGCAUCGACGACGCCGUCAAGGCUCAUUGAGACGUAUACGAAAUACAAGGGCGACCAAUUCAACGCCAAGCACGAAGAAGGAGGAGACACCAGAACCGGCAUCGGAACAGAGACCAUCGCCUGUUUCCAAGGAGGAGAACAGUUCAUUGACUGAGGACGACGCUAGUGAGUGUGAUAGCGACUCGAGUGCUACGAAUAAGAGAUCAACUCCAGCUGGAAGUGACUUUCUCGGUGACGAAUCACCAUCGAGGAUGCGAACGAGGAACAAGCAGUCGUCCAAAGAUCAGCCGAGCAGUAAGAGGCCGAAGCGUGGCACUGACACGCCGGACGCAACAGCUGAGAGUCCGAGAACACCAAAUAAAGCUGACAAGAAGAAGAGCAAAACUGAGACACCGAACAAGGGGCGGAAGAGGCAGAAUGACGCUAGUGACGAGAGUGAUGAGAAGGACAAGAGGAAGCGUUCUGAUACACCGUCAGAGAGUGGAAAUUCAGACAGUCGUCCAGAGUCUGUUCUCGACGAAGUGGAGAAUCCAACGGAGUCUCCGGAAGCGUUGUCUGGCUCUGGGAGUGUGUCCAAGGAGGCGGAGGAGAAGGCUCUUGAUCCGCUGUCGGUUCAAGCGCCCGUGGAGAGCAGUUUGAGCAGUGGGUCGAAUGCGAAGGAGGCGGAAGAGGAGUUGAUAGUUCUGAGUAAGCCUGAAGAGCCUGUGGCGCUGGUGACGGAAGUGAGCGAUGCAAAGACGCCAUCUCCGGAGGAGGAUUCGAAGAGUGUAGAGAAGAAAGUGGAUGAGGAUUCAUCGUCCUCGUCAUCGACGAAGGAGUGUCCACAGGAGAUGCUCUCUAAGAUUGCCAAUAUGAAGCAAGAGGUGAAUCCGAUUCCUGCUCCGAGUGACUUCAGUCAACCGCCGUCUCAGCCACAGCAGGCAUCUCAGAAGGAUGUGGUGUUCAUUAAGCGUGAACCUGGCGAAGAUUCACUGGAGGAGAGCAGCACAUCGAAUAGCAAUCCUGAGGUGCAGGAUGUUAAGUGCAAGGUGGAGAUAAAGACUGAAGGAAAGGUGCAAAGUGAAGAUGUGGCAUCGGAGGCGAAGUAUGAUCCGGAAAUGAAGCCUACCUAUGAGGCAACGGUGAAGUAUCCGCCAUCAGAUAUGAAAUUCCCAGGAUCAGAGGAGCCAAUGAAGUAUGGUGAUCCACUGAAGUACAGUGCAGACAUUAUAAUGAAGUAUCCAACGGACAUGAGUGGAAAGUAUCAGGCGCCCAUUGAUGCCACGAAGUACGGGAGUGGCCAGGAGGCGCCGAUUAAGUAUGAGAUGAAGCCGUACAUUGAUCAGCCGCAGAAUCUCAAGUAUCCUGAGGGGGCACUCAAGCCGUAUCCUGAAAGUGCGCUAAAAAUGCCACCGAGUGGUCAGCCGGUGCCGCAGGAUUCUGUGCAUAUGCUGAAAGGUGCUUAUCCAGCGCCGGAUUUGAAGGGAUACCCACCAAAUAUCAAGUACACUCCGCCUCCAGCGGAUGCAAUGAAGUACGGUGGGAAUGAACCGGUGAGUCCGGUGAUGGGUAAGUCUCACUUUGGUGAGCCUGGACCGACGCCGCCACACGGAAUUCCCCGAUCACCCUAUGAUACACCACCCAUGGUGAAGUUUGGUGAUCCGAUGAUGAAGUACCAUGGAAUGGGCGUGCCCACAACCCAGGGACACAAUCCGGAGGCGCAACAGCAUGGCAUGAAGUAUCCUCCUGAGGGUGGGAGCAUGAUAAAGAGUCAAUUUUCGGCAGAUAAUCUCAUAAAGGGCGCCUAUGAUUCGCCGGGAAUGAAGUAUCCACCAUCUGAAAGUCCUCUGGAUGCAUCUUCACGAUCCACACCCAACCAGGACAGCCAGAGUAGCAAUAGUAAUUCUCAGCCACAACCUCUGCAUCUUCAUGGGAGUAUCUCAUCUCCUGUUCCACUCACAUCUGCUCAUUUGACACCGCAACAACCGACACCACUGAUUGUCAGUCAUCCGGGACUGUUGCCUCCUCUACCAGCGAAUCAUCCUUCCUUAAUGAGCGCCUCAGCUUCUCCGUCGACGGUGCCACCGCCACCGACAAUGCAUCAGCCCCUGGCCAUGCCACCGAUCAGUGUUCCCUCAUCCCUGAGUCAGGGUAGUUUGAAAUUGCCACCUAAUCCACUUCUGCCACCAACUGGACAGCAACAUCCACUCCAUAGGCCACAUGAAGCACCACAUCCGUCAUCUGGACAGACAACUUCACCACAUUCCCACCACCAGUCGGCCUCGUCGGCUCAGCGCAGGAGUCCUUCGCCCACGGCCGUGAGUGUGAGGAGUGACAGUGCGAGUAGUGUGGCUAGGGAGAGUGGACACUCAGCGCGGGCAUCGCCGCCGCCACCAAUUGCUGCAAUGAUUCCCAACAGUGCAAUGGUGGGGCAUCCUUUGCCACUCCAUCUGGGCCAUCAUCCGUUGCCACCUCAUCACCCAGCUCACCUCGGUGGGCCACUGGGUCACAAUCCUCUGCUUCCACCCUCAAUGCCUCUGCCGCUCUUGGGCGGACCACUGGCUGAUCCUGGCCGACGCACGCCAAUCUCAUCUGCGAGUAGUCUUCACAUGGGAUCACUUCAUAGCACGACGUCCCAAUCACCUCACACUCCCAGCACAUCUGCCCUGACGCCCAGCAGUUCAUUCAACCGUGCCAGUCCGAGCACAGCUCCUCCUCCGGUGUCCCAAUCAUCUGGCCCUGGUGGGGUAGGAAGUGGACCACCGUCGCACCGACCGGGAUCUCCGCUCCCCCUGACAGCGGGUCUGAGUCGCACGAGUCCAUUGCAUCUGGUGCCGCAGAGUCCAAUUGCUGGCCACCACCCAUCAGCAGCAGCUGCCCUGGCGGAGCGUGAUCGCCAUGCAAUGCGCCAGCAAUCACCACACAUGACACCGCCACCAACGACCGCGGCUGCUGCCGCCUCAUCUUUCAUGCCCAGUCCACUCAGCAAGAUGUACGGACCACCAGGAGCUGGUCAGCGCCAUCUGGGCGCAUCCCCACCGCCUCCAUCGCACCAUUUGCGACCCGGUGCCUCGCCACCUGUGGUCAGGCAUCCGCAGAUGCCACUCCCGUUGCCUCUGAUCGGACCACCGGCCGGCAUUCCCACGCCAAUGGGUGUUCAUCCGGCUGCGCAAAAUGCCUACCCCCAUCAUCUCAUCCACCCAUCGAUGUUCUAUCCGCAUCACCACAGUCCGUUCAAUUCCCCAUAUCCGUACCAUCCUUAUGGACCCAGUUUUUCCUACAUGAAGCCACCGCCACCUGGCGGGCCUCUUGAGCCCAGUGUCAUUUCUCAUCAUCAGAGUGUGACUUCCCGAUGCGAGGAAACGCCCACGCACGUGGAGAAGCAAAUGACCAUCACGAGUUCCCAAAGUGUGCAGCACAAGAUCAAGAGUCAGCCACCGAAGACACCACAAACGCCAAGUUCUGGCAGUGCUCCGGGCAGUGGAGGACAGUAUCCAAGUCCUGUGCAUGCGUAUCCACCGUCGCAUCCGUUCCCCGAGAGCCCUCUGUCCAGCAAAACGAGCCACAUGGACGCCCUGCGGGCACACGCUCAUGCGGCGAGUAACAGCUUGGGUGGGCAUCAUCCGGUGGAGCCAGUGCACGUGGACAUUGAUCCGGAUCCGGAGCCAGAGAUUCCGAGUCCACCGCAGCACAUCAAUCGCGGACCGAGUCCGGAGGCGAAGCCUGACGACACAGAGUGUCACAGAUCACAGUCUGCAAUAUUUGUCCGACGGUGCGAUCGUGGAGAUUACAAUUCGUGCACACGAACAGAUUUGGAGUUUAAACCGGUGGCAGGUUCCACGCUGGCAAGGAAGCGUGAGGAGAGAGAUAGGAAAUUGGCUGAGAGGGAGCGUGAGAGGCGUCAGCAGCAGCAACAACAACAACAACAGCAGCAACAGCAGCAGCAGCAACAGCAGGCUCAGGCACAGCAGGCCAAACUCAAGUCUGAGAUCAAACCAUUCAGCGACACUCCAGCUCUCAGGCAACUCUCAGAGUAUGCCAGACCGCAUGUGGCAUUCAGCCCUGUUGAGCCAAUGGUGCCACCAUAUCAUCCAAUGGGCCCAAUGUAUAGUAGAGAAAGAUUAAUCAACAAUUUCAGAGAAUUUGAAGAGUUGAAGAAUCAACAGGCAGCCGCUGUUGGGCCGGCAAAUCCGCAUUGGAUGGAAUUCUAUCGCAUGAGAGGCAUUCAUCCUUCGCAGUUUCCACUGUAUGGAAAUCCCGCGGCAAUAUCGCAGCUGGAGCGCGAGAGAUUGGGUAUUCCGCCGCCUCAUCAUGUCGGACUCGAUCCCAAUGAUCCAAUGAUCCGCCUAACGGGCGAAUAUCAUGCCCAUUCACACACUCAUUUGCACUUACAUUCGCAACAACAGCAGGAAGCGGCAGGAUUUCAGCUACCACCGAAUGUUCCACCGUACACUCGUCCGAAUGUGUUGUUGCCUAGAGAGCCUCAUCCUGAUGUUCUCCUUCGCAUGUCUUAUGCUGAUCAGAUUCAGGCCGCUGAAUUCCAACGACUCGAUCGGGCUCAUUCAUUCCACGAACAGUACUUUCGGCAUCACGAGAGGGAAAUGAAGGUUAGAGCGCUGGAGGAAGCGACGCGUGGAAAACACUGAACCUUCCACGCGCAGUUCAAGCCGCUAUGGUGAUAACGUCACACAAGAGUCGUCACAAUAUCUAACAUAAUGUUCUCUUAUUUUGUACUAUAACUUGAUAAGAUCACUGAGGGUGUGUGUUAUCAGAGAGAGAGAUAGAGAGAUAUUUAGACAUUGUGUGAAGGGCGAUAUCAAAGAAAGGAUCAGCAGAGAGUUUAUCAGAAAAUCGACGAUAUCUCUGAGAAGGCAGAAGAAUACCAUGUAAUUAAUUAGUAUAAGUGAAUGGAAAGGAGAGUAAUUUAGUGCUAUGUUUUGUGUUCCAAGUGAUGAUUAUGAGGAGUAUUACAAGUUCUGGAGAGUUAGAAAUUAUUAAUCGACAAGUAAUAAUUACAUCUAAAUAGAAGGAUUAGUAAUUUAAUUUUAAAUGGAACUUGCGAGAGAGGAAAAUCUUCAAUUUAGUGGUAUAUAAAAAUUAAUAAGAAAAAAGCGCUUUUUAACGUUUCAUGUCUGCCAAUAAUGUCAUUUAAUUAUUAAUAAUAUCAAAGUGGAAAGAGAAAGAAAAAUUAUCAAUCUAAAUUACAUUUAAUUAUAUUAAGUAACAAAAAAAAACAAGAAAAA